GGUAUCACAAAACCGGCUAUUCGCAGACUUGCCCGUCGUGGUGGUGUAAAGCGAAUAUCAGCGGGCAUAUAUGAAAAUGUGCGUAGCGCUUUAAAAGAUUUCCUGACAGAUGUUCUUCGGGAUACAGUUUCUUAUGUUGAAUAUGAACGAAAGAAAACUGUUACUGUAAUGGAGAUAUUAUUGGCUCUUAAGCGACGGGGGAGAACAAUCUACGGUUUUGAUCACGAAAUCAAGG